AAUGAGCGUUGUCAAUAGAUAAAACGUUGUUGAUGUAUCUAAAUAUCGAGUUCACUUCUCUUAUAGAUGCCUUUGAAUAACUUAUGCCUCAUAAGAAUAUAAAAACAAGUUAGCUAAUAAUGGAGCACAAUUUGUGCCUAUCAAAAUUCCAACAUACGGUUGGGGGACCUGAUCAUCAAAUAGUACGUAAAUAUCGUCAACGAGGAACUGCAACAUAUUUUUCAAAUCAACUUCAGAGUACUCAUGCGUAGAAUUAAAGUGGUGUUUAACAAAGCAUUUUUUUUUUUUUGGAUGACAGUACAUUCUAUGAAAACUUGUAUUUCCGUGUUCCAUUUUUUUUUUUUUUUUUUUUUUUUUAGAAAACACAACUGUAAAGCCUGGUAUUUAUUGUGAGGAAUGGUCGUGUAAACUGUAAAGCUGGUAUUUAUUGUGAGGAAUGGUCGUGUAAAUUGGGGGUGAGGAAUGGUCGUGUAAAUUGGGGGUGAGGAAGGGUCGUGUAAAUUGGGGGUGAGGAAUGGUCGUGUAAAUUGGGGGUGAGGAAUGGUCGUGUAAAUUGGGGGGUGGGGGUCGUAUUUUUGAUGCUAUUGAUUUGGGAAAAGUUUUGUAAUUUCAAAUUUACUAAAAGUUCUUUGGAAUUAUUUUUAGAAUCCACAUUUGAUUUGCAUCACUUCCUGCAUGUUGUGACACAUUCCGGUUUUUUUUCUCCUUCAAAGCAGUUGAUAUAUUUGAUAUAUGUAUUUUCGUUGGGGUAACGAGAAUAUUUACUGGGCCCUGUAAUGUAUAUUUGUAAGGAUUUAUAUGUAAUUUUAGAAUCCAGUAGAAGAUUUACUGGGCCCUGUAAUGUAUAUUUGUAAGGAUUUAUAUGUAGUUUUAGAAUCCAGUAGAAGAUUUACUGGGCCCUGUAAUGUAUAUUUGUAAGGAUUUAUGUGUAGUUUUAGACUCCAAUAGAACAUUUACUGGGCCCUGUAAUGUAUAUUCAUAAGGGUUUAUAUGUAGUUUUAGAAUCCAGUAUAGGUAUGGGAUAUAUAGGUUGUCAACUAACCAGGGCUUUGAGAAUUAACUUAUCAUGGGGUGGGAUUAUAUACCUAUAUGUCAAUUCAGAAAGAAAAAAGCCUUUGCCACUCUCAGGUUGUCCAGUUCAAGCGAACAAACCAUUCUUCAAAACACGAAUCAAUUAAUUAAUUUUGAAGUUUCUAAAUAAAAAGAAUUAUUAUUUAGUUAGGACAAAAUAUCGACAUUAGGACAGUUAGUGGUAUACGGUGAUAACGAAUGCGCUAAUUAGAUCCAUAUUAAGUCAAUUAUCACUCUGCUUAUUGAUAAAGAAAAAUGACAAGUACAUGAGAAUUGUUUUUUCCCCCACGGAAGUGUUUUUACACAUCAAUAUUUAAAGCUCCCACCGUGAAAGAACACGCCUCCCUCGCCUCCCUAUCCUAUUAGAUUUAGAAGUAUUUUUUAAAAAAUAAUUCUUAAUUGAUUAUUAAUGUUGAAGACCUUUCAUCACCCCAUCGACUUCCUAUCAAAGACCUUUCGAGUUUCUUCACCUAGCGGUAUAUUUUAGAUUGACACCUAGGUAUUGGAAAUUGAUUUCUAUGUGUUUCGCACCUGGCGUCCCUCACAUCAGAUUAUUUUUUUGAUGGUGACAAAUAUCUGUGACAAUGGAUGUUGGUAUUCCUCCUACUUGUUCUCCCCUUUUCUUGAUGGUCAUUGGGAUAUUUGUGCCGACGAAAGGAUUUGACUGUCAAAGUUAUCUGGUAGAAAAUGUGACAGACGAUCAACUCACUGCGUCAAGCAAUUAUGGUCCCCGUUAUACUGCAAUCGAAGCAAGGCUCUCUAACACACGUGGCUGGAGUCCAAAUACAGGCCAGUCUGAUCCGUGGAUACAGGUGGACUUCGAAAGGGUAGUUAGACUUAAAGGGGUAGUGACCAAAGGACUGGGGGAAACGUCACUGCUGGAGUGGGUGAAAAAAUAUCAGGUGAAGUACAGCGACACGGCCUCGACAUGGACAACGGUCAUUCACGGCGCCUCUAACGAAUUUACCGCCAAUAGCGACCCUUCUACCCCGGUCACAAAUGUAUUUCCGGUAGAGGUCAGUGCUCGAUAUUUAAGACUGUAUCCCACGGACUGUAACCAGUAUUGCAGUUUACGUUUCGAUGCUAUUGGAUGUGAAGUAACGCCUACCACUACAUUUCCGCCAGAAACGACUUCAACCACGAAUGUGCAGAUAACUUCCUCUACGCAUGCGCCUAUGACAACCACAACUCCAAGUACACUUCACCCAGAAACAACUUCAACAACGAAUGAGCAGAUAACAAAUUCCUCUACGCAUGCGCUUAUGACGACCACAACUUCCAAUACACUUCCACCAGAAACAACUUCAACAACGAAUGAGCAGAUAACAAAUUCCUCUACGCAUGCGCCUAUGACGACCACAACUUCCAAUACACUUCCACCAGAAACAACUUCAACAACGAAUGAGCAGAUAACUUCCUCUACGCAUGCGCCUAUAACGACUACAACUUCAACAUCUUCAUCAAGUACACGGCUCCAUACAUCUUCACAUGCAUCCACAACACAUGUGGUGACAUCAACACAGCAACAAACCACGUCUACAAUAUCUUCAUCGUCAGGUCAAGCCAUGGGAGCUUUAUGCCCGUGUCCAUGCCCCCAAGCAAAGAAUUUCACCAUGACACAAGCAGAACUAGAAGUUUGGCUAUUAAAUAUAAGUCGAAAUUUGGUGAUCCCUAAAGAAACGAUAUCCAGCUUUAUAAGGACCAAAAUUUCCGUGCAGGAUAGCAGACCGGAAAUGGUUUGCGUCGGGUCAUUAGGGAUAAUUCUUUUGUGUUUCAUCGUCAGUUGUAUCGUUCUGCCGGACCUUUGCACAUUUCUCCGAUUUCUGUAUAACUUGCUGGUAUCCAAGACAAAUAUGAAUUGUUUCAGAAGUAUUUAUAAAACGUAAUACAAUGUGGCAUCAGACCGUCAUCUACGACCGUCUGUUUCUUUAUCUUUGUCGGAGAUGGAGGGGGGGGGGGGUACCUAUUAUAUCAGAUAACUUACUUUUCCCUCUUUUCUUUGGAUUGUACCAAAAACUCUCUGAUGCCAAACCAAACUAAUUAAAAUUGCACAUUUUGAUAUUGUAUAGCAAACUACUUGUGGGCGGAUCAAAUAAUCUGAAUUUAAUUGGAUUGGUGGUCCAACUGACCAAAAUUUAGAAAGUAACUAAACAUGCAAUGUUUCCUUUACGGGCAUUGAACGCUAAUGAUAGUGAAUUCAUUAAUUAAACUGUUAAUUGAUAUAUCAAUGCAUGAUAUCUACCCUUUAAUUAUAUGGAAUAUAAAUAAUAUGUACCUUGCUGGGUGCUAAUUGUUUGGGUGUCAAAUGAGUGGAUUUGUCGUUCAAAGUUUAGCGUGAAAGUAAUAAUUUCGAAAAUCGCGAAACGCGGGUGAUUCGGAAAAUUCUAAAUGACAGUAUUUUUUAAUCUUAUUUUGAAAUUAACUAACCGCAUUGGUAUCAUCACAUUUUGAAACAGUGUGUAAGCUAAAUUAAAUAAAGUAAUUUGUAUUCCUGACACUUUGUACUGGCGCAUAAAUGUCUUCCCAUUAGAGUUCUCCGCCCUUUAUUCAGACUUGCCUAUACAUCACGACGCUGUUAACAAAAAUAUUUUUUCGCGUCUUCUUUGGGGUGUAAUUAAUUUCAAAGUUUGAAUUCAUUUGACUUGUAUAGAGUAGUAAUCAUUUUAUAUAACACAAUGUUAUUAAAUACAAG